GGCCGAAAUCUGAAGCGCCGAUGGAAUCCGGAUCGAUGGUCGAUAGCGUCUCCUUCAAUCCCUCCGGCGACGCCAACAACGCAUCCCCGUGGCCAUCCUCGAUUCUCCUCGCCCAGCGGGCGUACGUCGUCAUCAGCAGGAACGACACCACGGCCUCAGCCAAAUCGAGGGCCGACCAUACCGUGGAGGUCACCUUCUGGGUUGCUGACCCACCGGCCGUGUCCUUCUACACCUUCCACUGCUCCAAGCCCCCCAUCUCCGAUUGCGAGGACGCCGACUUGGAAGUUCAGCCGCAUGUGGUCGGCGCACAGGGCCGAUUCAUUCUUCUCCGCACCCGCUUCGCUUCCGGCGACGACGAGGAUGAAUACUUCAUCUACAAAGGCGACCCGGAGUCGCCGUCCCUCGAAAGCGUCCCACUCCCCGAUGAUGAUAGGCUGCGCGGAGUCAGCGAGUUUGGAAUUGUGCCCCGCGGUGACGGGGGCCAUUAUCUCCUUGUCGCUCUCUGUUACACGGCGAAAUAUUUGGAUUACAGGCUUCACAUCUUCUCGUCUGAGGAUAGGACAUGGAGGACUAAGGAACUGCUCAAUCCAUGCCCUGGAGUCCACACAAUUUUACCUGCGAAGGUGUUCAUGCUGCAAGAUGGGAUGCUAUGCUGGGUUGAUUUCGCGCAAGGCUUGCUGAUGUGUGACGUACUUCAAGAACCUCUUCAUGCACACUACAUUCCAUUGCCCGAGUUCUUACCUGAAAACAGACCAAAAGUGAAGCAAUUUGUCUCAGGAGCUAGUGCCAGGCGUUUUCGAGAUGUCGCCUGCGUUGAUGGUAUGAUCAAGUUUAUUGAGAUGGAACACCGGGUGAUCACGGAGGAGAUUAUAGAUGUUCCUGCUGAAAAGCCGUUUAACCCCCGCGACAAGGAUGUGCUCUACGACUCAGACUUGAUCAUGCUGAGCAAGCACAAAGAUGUGGACAUCAAGCCCAAGAUUCUGCGCUCAGUGAAUGGUUGGAGUGCCAUGACAUGGACUAGGGAGGUAGGGUCCAACUGUUGGCUCAAGGGAUGUGCCGUUGAUGUUGAUGACAUUUUGGUUGACCACUCUGUUCGUCCGGCAAGUUACAGCCCUUGGAGCUUGAAAUUCAAGAACAACUUAGCUUAUCCCACCCUGAGCACAGAUGCUAAUGACCUUGUUUACCUCAAGUCAUCCAUGAUUUUGAGAAAUCCAAAUAGAUUGGCACGGGUAGUUGCUGUUGAUCUUGCAAAGAAGACAUUGAAAGUGAAAGCACUUGUGGGAUAUCCUUUUGGAAGAAGAUAUGCCCCUUCCGAGCAAAUAUUCCGUCCCUGUGCAUUAUCCAACUAUCUGACAAGGACUAAAGGCAUUAAACUCUCAGAAAGCGAGAUCACACCGGGGAGCUCUUCAAAUGAACCAAAUAAUACAGCUGUCUGUGUGGGUGAGCCUGAUUCCUAUGAAUCUAAGAACAAACAUCUCUCAGAAUGCGAGAUCACACAGUUGGGGAGAUCUUCAAAUGAACCACAUAAUACAGCUGUCUGUGUGGGUGAGCCUGAUUCCUAUGAAUCUGAGAACAAAUGUCUCUCAGAAUGUGAGAUCACACAGUUGGGGAGCUCUUCAAAUGAACCAAAUAAUAAAGCUGUCUGUGUGGGUGACCCUGAUUCCUAUGAAUCUGAGAACAAACAUCCAAGACUAUCAGCUGAGAAAGUCAACCAUGCCCAAAAUGGAGCUCAGAGUCUUGUGCAGAAUUUUCUUAGCUCACAGGUCCAUCCUGAUCAAAACAAUAUGCUUCCGCAGCACUUCAACAGAUGGGAGGGGCCCGGCUACUGUAGCAACUGUGGCUAUUGGGGCUACCCAUCAUGGCCCCAUCGAAGCAAUUCGGUAUGCUGUAUUUCAUAUGCCUUGUUUCUCAUGUGUCCGUUUUUCAUCAUCAUACAGCAACAUUAAUUAGAAUGUGCCACACCAGGCGCGGCCGCAGUGCUUCAACAAGUGGGGGUGAACCCUUCAAUUCUUGUGUAUGCACCAUCAGCCCCUGGCCUUUAAUAUGCAUAGUUACAGCAAUUAUCAAUCGCUGUGGCAGCAGCCAUCACUGUCGGAGCAACAAACAGCACCUAGCAGGGCAUUUGGACCUUUAUGAGGCACCCCGUCCAUGCUUUACAGAUUGGUCUGGAGCCAGCUACCAUGGGAAUUUGCAACAAUUCCCUGCCGGUAACUCUUAUUCCUAUGGUGCACGCUCAGGCAAUGGCAACUACAAUCAGUAGUGAUAGCAGCUUCCCCCUACUCGAUCAGUUGACUGCCUGUGCAGCUUUGCAGUAGACACAGUGGUUUUUGGACCUCAUGAGGUAAAAUAUUGGUGCAAAUUAUGAUGUAGUACCAUAACCUUUAUAAGACAGUAUCCGUGGUGUCAGCAAUAUACUCUAUGUUCACUCUAUUUCAUCGUAAAAUGUAAGGCGUUUUAGUUUUGUCCUAUAUGAAACUUCUAAUUUUGAUUAAGUUAAUAGAAAAAUAUAUUACAUAUUUACAUCUACAUUGCCAAAUAAAUGCACUCUCAAGACAUUAUACAGUGGAUUUAAACAAAAGUUUGAUUUUGUAGAUGUUAAAGCAUUUUUCUAUAAACUUGAUCAAGAGAAGAGUUUAACAUAGGUCAACUAAAACGACUUAAUUUUGGAACAGAGGGGGCAUUGGCUAGUAAUACAGUACGUGCUGUGCAUCGGAGCAUUGUAUGUUUCAUUCAAAUUGAAGUUUAGAAGAUUCCAUGGUUACCUUUUAGAGCACUGGCAUUCAAAUAUGGC